AUGUUGCCUCAACUUCGAAAAGAACUGGAAGAUUUACGUUAUCAAUUGGCUCUUGAAUCUGACUGUCCAGCCAACUCAGUUUACAGCAAUACUGUUAUUGAAGGACUUGUUAAAAUUCGACCAACAAAUGAGGCAACAUUAGAGCUAGUUGAAGGCUUUCCUGAACAACGAAGAAAACAAUUUUUAACUCCAAUUACUCAACUUAUUUCAAAGUUUUGUUCAGUGAAUAAUAUUUCUACAGACUCUAAAGAGGCUGAAAUUGAGUUUCCUGAAGAUUUGGAAUCCCUUAAAAAUGGAUUGACUUUAACGGAGAAAAGUUAUUAUCAUGCUCAUGUUCUUUAUAAUCGAUCAUUGGUUUGUUUAAUUUUUUGA